AUGUCAGGGGUAGAAGUCGAUGCUGAAAUCAACGUUUUGUUUAAUGAUAUGAAGUUGAGAAGCACACACAAGUUUGCAUUUUUUAAAAUUGAAGGAAAGAAGAAAAUUAUUGUUGACGUGUGUGGUGAUCCAUGCAAAACAGAGGCAAAAGAAGAAGAUGAAGCACAGUUUAAUAAAAUGAAGGAGCAACUCACCAAUGAGCCACGAUAUAUUUUGUAUGAUUUUGGAUUUAUGAACAAGGAUGGCAGGAAAGUUAAUAAGUUGGCAUUCAUCUUUUGGUGAGUGAGGUUGUCUCUGCAUUUUUAAUUGGUGACCGGGCAUAAAAUUUUCGUUUAGUCUCAAGACAUUUUAGGCUGGAUUUUACUUGUUCGACAGAGUCAGAGUUGUAAGAGCAUUUUAUUUUAUUAACCUAGUGAAAAUCAAAGCUUUGAGUUGUAAGCGGAGUUAUAAGUGCAACAGAGUAAUUCGUCGCUCGCUUUUGCUCGCUUCACCAGCGUCCCUAGCGCCUUCGCCGCUCACGCAGUCGACUUGUGGCAAGUCUACAGAAUAGCCCACGUUCGAUAUUUUAAAAUUCUAAGAUGACUCCGAGGCUUUAGGGUCAAAAUUCCAAAUUUUCACGAAUCCGUUGUCUCGCAAUUCCCAGAGGAGACUUGAGCACAAAGAAAAUAAAACCAAAUAUAGAAAAAUGACCAGAAAGUCUCGGAGUCAUGUUAGAAUUUUAAUAUAUCGAACAUGGGCUAUUGGUAGUCUGCGUGGUAGGCGUUUGAAAGGAAAGGGGAACGGGAUUUUCUGGUCUUUUUUAUUUUUCACAUCCACCAGAGAAAUGUAAAAAUAAUGAAUACCUUAACCAGCAGUAAUAGAUGGUUGCAGUAACAGAUGGUUAGACGUUCACAGUUGCGUUAUUUUUGCAUACACAAUAAGUAGGCGGGAUGGCGACGACAAUAAUGACGCCCUAGCAAGCCUUCCCCUGCCGCCCCCCUCUCCGUAAAAUUCCCUUCCGAUUCCCUUUCGAACACCUACCACGCAGGCUGCAGAACUGAAGUCAGAAGAAUCGGAAUAUUUCUAUUUUCUUCUGACUCCGUUUAUGAAUCCACCGCUUACGACCCAGUGAAAAAUAGAUUGUUGGAGGGGGAAAAAAUACCGGAAAACCCGAAAAAAAAACUCUCCGUGCAAAGGAGAGAACCAAAAACAAAGCCAACCUACAUAUGGCGUCGACGCCGGGACUUGAAGCCUGGGCCACAUUUGUGGGAGGCGAGUGCUCUAACCACUGCUCUCACCACGGCGACACCCUUGCUCCCUGAAUUGAUGUAUGCACUCAUGAAGAGAUUAUUAAAUCAAAAAGGUGUUGGGUACAUCUCUUUAGCUUUAGUUUGUAUGAUGGAGUAGACCCUUCUACCUGGUUCUCAUUUCUACUAAGGAACUGUUUAUGCAGCAUGGCCUGCUUUACCAUGCUGGGUCGGCUCAUGCCUUGUUUUCUUAGAAAAUUGUCGUUGUGUUUAUAUGAGAAGGCCGGCUGGCCCGCUUGGUGAGAUCUUCCUUCAAGCAACCACGAUCUCGGCAAACGGGGCAGCCAACCUUCUCAUACGACACAGCAACAAUUUUAUAAGGAAACAAGGCAUGAGCCGAGCCAGCCCGUUUCAUCUCAUUUCCCUUUUUCGCUUUAGGUGUGACGAAAAUGCAAAGAUUGGAGACAAAAUGAUAUACGCAUCUUCGAAAGACACCAUCAAAAAGUCCUUCACUGGUUUAUCACUGGAAUUCCAAGCAAACGAUAAGGGUGAUUUGGAUUACAAAACUUUAAGCGAGGAAGUGGAAAAAAAAGCUUAG